AUGAAUAGUCUGCUGCAGUUAGAUUUUGAACUUGACAUAGAGGCAGUAGAUGCUCCGCAGAGCUGCAGAGCAGGGGCUGGCUCUGUCCUAGUGGAGCCUAUCGCUGCGCUGCUCAGCCACAGACACACCUCCAAAUAUCAGCACGCACAAAUGUAUGAAUGUAUGGGCCAUAUCACUCAGUGGGACAUGUGUUGGACUCAGCACUGUCUCGGACCCGCAGAGUUCACCACAGACGGACACCACGUGACUGUCGCCAACACUUGGAAGAGGGUGGUUGAAGUGACAGAAAGAGCUUCUCUGAUUCAUGGACGAUAA